GCUCUGAGAGAUAUGUUUGGUCUUGACCUCUUUCACUUCUCUCCCCCACUAGAAGAUGUGGCGGAAGCUUUUGUUAUCGUUUUAGCAGCCUUCAUUCUUUCUCUUUUGGUUUUUGAUUUUGUGGCUGCUGCUAGGCACCAUCAGAGGUCAUGCCUAGAAGAUGGGAAAUGCCGCCCAACUGUGAUAGCAGGACAGGGAGUGCUAGGGGAGUUACAAGACAGCAUGACAGAAACAGAGCGGGAUAAAAGAUUAAAGAGCUCAAAGAGAAAAGGUACAAGUAAGAAAACAGACUCUUCCAAAGACUUUAUAUCUGAGGGAGCGAGAGAUUGGGGAAAGAAUGCCCCGGGAGAGAAACAGAGAAAGGAGAAGAAAGCUUUGAAAAGGAGAAGCCUUUAUCCGGUAAAGGAGUUAGAGGCUUUGGAGCUUGAUAGUUCAGAAACAGACGAGCUUAGCUCCUCUGAGGAAGAGGAUUUAGAAGAUGAGGCAGCUCACUAUGAAGAAGAAGGAUACCACCCAGAUGAACAAUGA